UGGCAGUUGGAAAUGUGCGUAGCGUGUUUCUAAUGUUUCUAAAAAACAUUUGAUUUAUGAACACUUAAAUAAUAAAUUUAGUAAAAAUCUGUACAUCUAUAUACAAUAUAAAAUGUCUAAACGUAUUGGCUACGCUCCUGGUUAUUUCCGCAUGCUUGAUAACACACGACUGAUGCAGACCCACGAAGCUGUGGUCGACAUAAUUAAUGGAAAACCUACACAAUACGAACUUUUAUUUAAUGCCCUGGGAUAUGGUUCUGGACUCGGGCUGGAUUACCAAGAUCAUAUGUACAGUUAUGAGGAUUUGACUGAUGAUGAUGAUGAUGAUGAUGAUGAUGAAUAUGGCAGGCAAAACAACAAAUAUUGUGGCUUUGCUCAAAACUUUCUAGAUAAAGGGAUUUUCAAACAACUUCCUGCAAUAACGCAUUAUAAAACAGUGAAAUGCAUCACACCUGAGGAGGCUGCCAAAAAUGCUAAAGAACUUGUAGCUGAAGAAGAAAAACUUAAGAAAAAAACACAAAAGAAAAAACAGAAGAAAAUGAGGCAGCGAGAGAGACGUCGGUUAGAAAGAAUAGAAAAGGAAAAUGGGAAGAAAGAUGGUGCCAAACAGGAUGCUGCUUCUGCUGCUCCAGUUAAAUCUAAACCUACAGAAAGAGAGUGUGAAAGUAAGAAAAAAACAAAUAACAGUGUACUCCCAGAUCCUGACCCACAGUGCAAUUCACAAGUCACAGAGAGCAGUGACAGUUUUGAUGAUGAUGAUGAUGAUGAUGAUAAAGAGAGCGAGGCUGAUGAAUUGGAGCUUGAUAUGAGCAGCUGCUUUGUGACCAAUGCUGCAGCCAUCGCAAAACGCAAACUUGAGCAGAAACCUAAACCUGACAGGAAAGACAAAAAAGCUGGAAACAUCAAGAAGCAUGAAACAGUACAAAAUACAAAAGAGCCUCAGAUUGAGAAUGUUAAUGAAAAGGAGGCAUCAGAGGAACCGGAAAAGGAUAAUGUUACAAGGAGCAUGGAGCUGGCAGUGAUUGGGAAUAAAUAUGCUCAAACAGGAAAUCUGGAUAUGGCUGUGAAGUAUUUUACUGAUGCUAUAAAGCACAAUCCUCAAGAGGUUAAGUUGUUUGGAAAUCGCUCUUUCUGUUAUGAGAAAAUGCAGCAAUAUGGGAAGGCUUUAAUAGAUGCAGAUAUUGCUCUUUCACUGAACCCCACAUGGAUUAAAGGACUCUAUAGGAAAGGGAAAGCAUUAGUUGGGCUUAAGAGAUACUAUGAGGCUUGUUUGACCUAUAAGGAAGUUUUAAAGCUUGACAGCUCCUGUACUGAUGCUGCUCAAGAGCUCAUGAGGGUACAGAUAAUGCAGUUAAUGGAUAUGGGAUACACUAGAGAGCAAAGUUCAAAUGCUCUGAUUAUACAUGGAACAGUAGAAAAAGCCUUAGAAGCACUCUCUGGUUUACAUGGUAAUAUGGCAGCCGCUAAAGAAGUAAGAGUUUAUCCAGAGAGAAAUACUCAACCAGCAAAAGUCCUACUCCAAAAUGUCUCCCAGAACCCACCUAAAGUCAACACAGCUGUACCGCCUAACCGAGAGCUGUUUCCAGUCUGGGUUGGGGAUCUUGUGCCUACUUUAACAGAAUUAAGACUUUGUGAGCUGUUCAGCAAUUUUGGGCCAGUCCAUAGUGUAAGAUUAUUGCCAACAAGACGCUGUGCUUUUAUUAACUACACCAACAAGGAGAACUGUGAGAGCGCCAUCAAAGAAAUGAAUGGCUUUCGUGUAGCAGGGACUUGUCUUGCAGUUCGUUAUCCUGACAGAAUCCACACACAUCUUGGUGUAUCCAAAACUGCAACAACAGAUGCAGGAAAAGUAAAUAAGUUUCCUGAUGAGUGUUAUUUCUGGAGGACGACAGGUUGUAUCAAGAAUAACCGGUGCCUCUAUCGCCAUGUACCUGAACACAAGGGCAUUGAUCUGUCUAAAGUUAAGUGAUAGGGGGACAUAGAAUUGCUAGCAGUAAGAUUGACGUUAAUCCACGUUUCUCAUAUCACUUUUAUUAAUGACCAUUAUCAGCUAAACAAAUAACCAAAUACAUAGCAAUAUAAACAAAGUUACAAUCGCUAUCAAAUUAUUAACUAACUGGAUUAUGAUUUUUUAUAUAUAUAUAUAUAUAUAUAUAUAUAUAUAUAUAUAUAUAUAUAUAUAUAUAUAUAUAUAUAUAUAUAAAUAAAUAUAAUAUAUAUUCAAUUAUAUUCACUAGAAUGGUUAAUUAUGUUUUUCAUUUGCUGUUAGAAUCCUGAAUUAGUACAGCCAUUCUUUCUACAAAAAACAUUCUUUCUUUCUGUACUUUUAUAUUCAAAACCAGAAAGUAUUGGGUCUUGGUUUAUCUUAAGUAGAAGGUUUUAGCUAUUUUCCCUGCCUUUAUAAAUCUAUAUUAUUUACUUGAUUAAGAGACCUUUCAAGAGCCUUAUUACUAUUCUACUGGACACUAGAUUUUCUUUCUCUCUUUUUUUUUUAAAGUGUAAUAAACAUCAGAAAAUGUUUUCCUUUGUUCUCUUUAUUAUAGCUUGUCUUUAUGGUUGCAUACAUUAUUCUGUGCAUGUUGAUUGUUGUAAUCGAAUUGUCUCUGUUCCUUUAUUGUUUAAAUGAAUUUUGUGCUUGUUUCUGUUUUCCAUUACUUUUAAGCUGUUUGAUUUUAAAGGAAAGAAAUUUGAUAACAGCAUGCAUAAAUUUUAUAAAGAUCCUUCCUGCUGUUCUGUAAGGCUCCUUACAUGAAAGAUUACUUUGUAGUUGCAUUGAACUGAUUAUAAUGUUAACUGACACACUAGAAAUCUACCCUGAAAUCUAUACACACACACACCUGAAAUAUCUUAGUUGAAAAUAGUCAAAAACAGCACACAAUUUCCAGAUGCUAAUCCAAGUAUUAUUUUAGGCAUAAAAUAAAUGGUUUACACAUAGUUUUAAUGGUAAUGAUAAUUAGAAAGUUAUUAAAAUGCUGCUUGAUCUCUUGCACUAAUUCAAACAUAGAUGGAUUCAACCAUGUUAGCAGACUCCACUUUCCACUUGCCCUGAGCUUACUUACUUACUCACUCUAACUUACUUACUUACUCUAAGUUUUAUUUAUAUAAGAGUGAUAAAAAGAGUGAUGUCUAACUAUACAAGCGUGAUGGCUGUAUGUUUACCAAGUGGACCAAGGUGUAAGUUGAAUUGAAUAAAAUGGGCAAUAAGUGUACAGCUAGAGGCUUAAACCACCCUGCAAAAACCCAGUGCCUGAGAGACUUGUCAGUAACAUUCAAUACCAUGUCCAUUUUAAACACCCAAAUAAGUAAAUAACCAUAGUUUCUCUUGUUCUGUAAGUAUUAGGCAACAUGUGCACCUUUUUACAUUAUAUGUAGCCCUUAUUACAUUAUGCACACUGUCUUUAAUAAAUAAAUAAAUAAUAAACACAUGGUACCUCUGAAA